AUGGACGCGGGUGACUUGGAUCGUCUGCGGCUCUGCUUCGCCGACAUCAAAGAAUGCAUCCAGCUCUUGGGAGCGGAACGCGGUGGCGACGAAGCAAAGCGGAAGCUGUGGGCGACCCAGGUGUCGACCAAGCUCACCGAGCUGAAGCUCCCGCUGAGCGGUUGGCAGCAGAACGUGGCCCUGGCCAAGCUGAGGGCCGAGCAGUGCAGCUUCGAGGAGUCGGACCGCGGCCAGGCGCUGGCGGAGCUGGAGGCCGUCAAGGACGAGGGCGACGAGCUCAUCGUGCGCCUGCUGGCCCUGCUGGCUCGCGGCCCGCCGCUACUGAGGCCAGAGGUGAUCGGGUCGCUCGAGCAAGCACUCUGCCCGCCGCUGGCCCGCGCGCUGGACGGCGAUCGGGCGUCGCUGGCGGGGCUGAUCAAGCGCGAGGGCGCCGGCGUGUUCACCAUCGACGUCUUCUCUGAGCCGUGGAUGCAACAGCUCAUCACCGGGCGAGGCCUGGUCCAGGGGUCCAGCUCCUUCUACUCCCAGUCCCGGUUCUCGUCUCCAUACAGCGUGAACAAGCCCGGUCUCGAGGGCGUCAUCUUCAACAACUUCCCGCACACCAAGGCUCUGAUGCACAGCCUGGUCAAGCGAGUGAUCGAGCCGGUGGGAGUGGCCUACCUGGAGAGGGAGGACAAGAAGCCGAAGAAGCACAGGUGGAUCGAACCGCAGUAUGCCCACGUGGUGUCGUAUUCCAUGAUGAUGUACAAUCAACCUCGUGGCCACUUCCCGCACGUCGACGACUCUGAGCUGACGAUCAACAUCUGCCUGGGCAAGCAGUUCGAGGGCGGGCAUUUGACCGUCGUCGACGACGAAGGCAACGAGGUCACCCUGCCCCAAGUCCCUGGCCGGGCCAUCGUUCACAACGGGCGGGCGCUUCAUUCGUCGAAAGAUAUCACCUCGGGCGAGCGCUACAACCUCAUCGUGUGGUGCCGCUUCCACGAAAGCCCGUUUGACGUACAUACCAUCAUCAUCAUAACCAUCAUCUUCAUCUGCAUCAUCACCAGCACGUUUCCGUUCGAGGAGCUGCCGCCGGAGCUGCAGCAGGCGGUGGUGGACCUCCUGCCCCCCGAGGACCUGUGCCGGCUUCGCCUGGCGUCCCAGGACAUGUACGGCCUCGUGGAGGGCUCCAACCGGUGGCAGUGGGAGGCCGCCCAGUCCCAGUUCGUCCGCGAUUCGCCCGACGACAAGAGGUCGUGGCGCCAGGUGUUCAUGGACACCAGCGCCAAGCACCGGGCCAACCGGCUCAAGGGCAUGAGCCCGCUGGCUCCGCUCGUCGCCACCCGCUUCCGCGGCCCGCCCACCGAGACGCCCCUCGGCCUCCCCUAUUCCACGCUCUACGGCGGCGGCCACCCCUUCCCGAUGAAGAUGGCGAUGCCGGCGCCGAUCUGGGGCAUGCCGGGAUCGGUCUACCCCCAGCCCUUGCCGUGGACGGCCCCGCCUGGCUUUGGACCCGCGCCCGGCUCGUUGCCGGUUCCCUGGGCGCAACCCACGCCCAUGCUUAUGCAACCACCCAUGACCCGCAUGGCCGCGCCGCCGCAGCCGCAGCCCUUCGGGAUGCCGCCGCUGAUGGGAAUGAUUCCCCCGCCGAUGCCCUUUCUGAGCCCGCCGAUGGGGCCUCCUCCAGGCAUGGCGCUGCCACGGCCGGUGAUGCCUCCGCUGGGGAUGCCCCCGACCCGCAUGGCCCAGCCGCCGCCCGCCACCCUUCCGGCUCCACUCCAACCGGGAUGCCAGCCUUCUCAAGGUGUCGUCCAAAAAGGUGGCUGCCAGCUCCAGUGA